AUGGGUAUCCAAAGGAUAUCCCAAAGAAGUUUACUGGACUUAAUAGAGUCUCAGCCCAGAAAAGAUGUACCGGGGAAAUCCACUCAGCCCAAACUUCCCCCUCCUCCUCCCAAAUCUCCUCUUCCUCCUCCUCAGUCGUCUUUGCCAUCCAGACCUGAACCUGCUGACCCGAAAAGAAAGAGAGAGAAGAAAGGCAAGGAGGUAGUGGAAGCAGGGAGAUCUCGCCCUGUGCAUGAAGACGAGACCCAACGAGCUGCAAAGCAACAAAAGACUGGCCAAACAUGGCAGAGAGGCAUGGAAAGGGGAGAUAAUCAGCCACCUGAGCUUUAA